ACUAAUGGGCCGGUAAAAUUAGGGGUCCACACGAAAAUUGUAUAAAUAGUCGUGUGUCAUCAUUGCCUUCACCCUAAACUGCCGCCGUACAACUAUUCUUUCAGAUCUGAAUCGAUUCAAUCGUGGAUUAGUGUUCCUGAAAAAGUAAAUGGCUCAAACAAACUUGCCUUUCAAAGUUGGUCAAACUCUUGAAGUUAGAUCUUUUGAAGAAGGAUAUCGUGGAGCUUGGUUUCGAUGCAAGAUAUUAAACAUAUACACGAAGGAGGGGAAGCUGUUCUACAGCUUGAAGUAUCUUGAUUACGGUACCGAAGAUAUAUAUCACACACAAGUUUAUCAACGGUUUGAAGAGGAGGAGAAAGAGUGGCUGAUGGUUCGACCAUCAUAUCCACCAUUUUAUUAUGAGCGCUAUGUCCGGAAAAUCGAGGCUGAUCAAGCACCUCUGGUUGCCGUGUAUGGCUCUCGGAAAGUAGGAGACUUGGUUGAUUGGCGGUAUAAAGGCUGUUUCUGGUGUGCAACGGUUAUGGAACUGGAAAGAAAUGCGUUACAGAUUGAGUUGUUUCCACCACCACUCGGUGAAGGAGAGACUUAUAAAGCUUCGCGCGCAGACGUGCGUCCAACAUUAGAUUGGUCACUUGAAGAUGGCUGGACAGUGCCUUCUAUGGAUGGACGGAAAAGUCAAAGUGUUAAACUCUUGAAACGUGAAAAAGGAGAUCAUGUACCUCAAGAUGUUUGCCAAACUGGAAAAGAGCAGAAGCCAGAAAGAGCCAAGAAGCAGAAGACAGAGAGAGUCAAGAGGCAGAAGACAGAGGGAGACAUGCAGCAAGUGAAAGACAGUGAAGAUAUUCGACUAAACAUCGACCAGUCAAAUUCAGUUGAAGCUGCUGUUUGUGACUUGGAAGAGCUUAUUGUUAGAAUUGAGUGGAUAAAAAAGAUGCUAAGCCCAGAUGUUGGAGAAGUUUCAACGUGGAAAUAUCAAGACCACCGCCCAUCGUCCAAGGGAAUGUGAUAUCGAUAGGUUUAGCUGUUAGGAGGUGGAAAUUGCUAGUGAAGUUCGAUGAAGAAACCAUGAGCGAAAUGGGAAAUGAGCGAAAUGGGAAAGAAGAGUUUUGUGCAACACCAGAAAAGACUUAAUGAUUAGGUGGGCUGUAUAUACUUUUCCAGACGCCCUAAGAAUGCUUAGAGCAGUACACAUGUUUUGGAUUUUAGUUGGAAACGAAGGUAAUUAGCCUUUUUAUUGGUUGAGAGAAGAAUGCGCUAGUAUAUUUUUUUUGAUUAACCUCCAAGCCUAUGGAUGGAUUUAGACAAAUCUUCAAACAGAUAGACAUAAAUAAAGGUUCAUACCCAUGUGGAUGUACAUGUUAAGUUAGAUAGACUUAAAACCAAUUGCUGAUAAAAUGAAAGAUCCAU